AUUUCCAGUUGGUCUUCGUUCGAGGAAAGGCUGCAAAGCACGAAUAAUUACUAUCCGAUACUUACUAUCCGCAAACACCACUCGCCAGGGGCCUCAUCUCGAGAUGAAUGCAACCACGGACUCAACCACAGGAUGGAUGCCCGAGCCAGACACGCGAGGAACCUUCCGGCUGGUCGUUAGCUGUCUCGCUACUCUGUCGCUUUGUGUAUAUACAGCGCUGCAUUUGAACGUCCUUCCGGGGCAUCCCGAAUCGCCGGGGCAUCCCGAAUCGCUAGCAAAGUCAACCCCUCGGCCGUCCACCGAAGCCUCCAGCAACACGCUCUUCGCUCGAUUGAAAAGAGCCCUCAACAUCAAACCCAAACCCCGCCUAGCCGAGGUAAAGUCUCUGCGAGCCCCUUUCUCGACGAUUUUCGUAGCAAAGACCAAAUGGGUACUUCUCGGCAUGUUCGCCCCCGAGUUGGUUGUUUACACGGCCUGGUCACAGUGGAGGACCGCGAGGAAACUGACAGGUAUUGUCACGACGCAUCUGCAGGACCAAUAUCCACCCGAAGAGCAGGACAAGCUUGAAUGGACAAUGACGCACAGCUACUUUGCCGUCAUGGGCGGGUUUGCAGUCGAAACCAACGACCUCGGAGAAGACGCAUAUGUCCCCGGUUCGCCACGGCUGCACUUGAGCGCCAACGGAGUCGCGAUUCUGGCCGAACUGGGCCAUCUCCCCCGGCUGUCUCGAGACUUUAUCCUCGACAAGAGCAAGGCCGACCACCUGGCCAAGACUCUUGUGCUGGUACAGGCUGGCUGGCUUAUCGUACAGUGCAUCGGUAGGGCCGCCGCGCAGGUGCCAAUCACCCUGCUCGAGAUCAACACGGUGGCACAUGUGGCCUGCGCGGUCAUUGUCUACUUUCUGUGGUGGGACAAGCCCCUCGAUGUGCGGCAUCCCGUGGUACUGACUGGGGAAUGGAAACGGCCUCUCACCGCCAUGAUGUGGAUGCUCGGUAACGCGCAAGAAAUCAAAGCCGGCCGCACAGCUUGGACUCGGCCUCCAGAGUUUGAAAGUCUUCUGCACCUUGUCCCUCGCCACACGAACCUGCCCCUGACCGUUGAGGAGGAUCGAGCAGACGGGUCGGCACAACCGCCUCGCCAAGAGGGGAUGGAGAUGAAGCCCCAGCCGACUACACCACCCGACAAAAAUAGUUCUGCUGCCAAUACCGCUCGAACCGUGACACCCUGGGACUUGACUGCCCAGCUCCAUAUCUCUCGCCGCGGAGCCAGCUCUGGUCAGGUCGAGACACAAAUCCUACGGGCGACAAGGGACCCUCAGCUCUUUGUCGCCUCCAACGACCCUGCACGGUUGCUCAAGAACAUUUCUCUCCGCGCCGGCGAAGUGAUGUUCCCUUUCGGCUUUGCCCCGAACCCGUCGAGCAGCCGCUUCAAGAAGCGGAACGUUUCAAAAUCAAAGGUGCCACGCUACUACAAGCCGCCAGUCAAAGUCGACAUCGAUCGGUGCGCCACGGCGCGGUGGGGGCUCGCGUGCAAGGCGUUGCAGGAAAACGAGGCCAUCUGGACACGGUACCGGCGAGAAGCCUUGACCCGCUCGCUCGAGCCCGGCGGUCAGCACGUAAUCUACGAGUACCCCGGGGCGCUGCUCGACCGUACGUUCCUCGACAUGGCGGUGGACAACUGGCCGGGGCGCAGCCUGCUGCCGCACUCGACCAAGUACACUGGCUACGUCUUCUUCUCGCUGUGCGUGCUCGUGUACGGCGGCAUCCACGCCAGCGCGUGGAACCACUACUUCCCGACCGACACGGAACAACUGCUACUACGCGUGUCGGCCGUCUACGUCGGCUGCUCGGGCCUGUUGUUGCUCGUGGUCAAGGCCGCCGACUGGUUCGUGGACUGGGUCCGCGACACCUUUUGGCAGGACAUGGACGCCGACAUGUGCGAGGGCGGCCUGUUCAGCUGCUGCGUCGAUUGUGCCCUCGUCUGCAGCGGUGCUCUCCUCGCCAUGGUCCCGCUCUACGCUCUCUUCGCGGCCGGCACGGCUUACGUAGUCACGCGGUUCUACCUAGUCCUCGAAGCGUUUCUCAGCCUCCGGGACCAACCCGUCGCCGUGUACCUGACGCCCAGAUGGUCGCAGUAUUUUGCGCAUGUCUGAGCGGGUUUCUCGUUGACAUUCUGGCCAGGACAGCUAGCAGCGAAUAUUACUAUACUUACUUGCAAAUUAGAGACAUUUUCACCGAUGUCCAUAUCUUUGCUCAUAAUUAUACGAGUGCGGAUGCGCUCGGGGAUUGCGAUCAAUGAUUGGUUACCGCACCAAGACAAAUUGGUUACCGCACCAAGACCAUGGUCGAGAUGAUGAUUAUGCCCGGUGAUGUCUUGGGUAAUAAUGCGCGGCAAAAUAAGACGUCACGUACCAGACCAAGCAGAGAGGCAGGAUCAUACCCGAGGUGUCUGGCCAAUGCCCUCCCGUCCGAUAAACUGGCGCUCACUCUACUACAACGACCAACACUGACAGCAGACAAAAGGCAGAUGUCCAUCAAAGUCAUCAACACGGCCUGUUGUUGUUAGGAUGCCGUCUGCAGAUACGCCACCGCCAGGCGAGCAAUCAUGAGCAAGACGAGUUCAGCAUCUAUCAGCCCCCCCC